AUGUGGGAAAAUCGCAAAUGUGGGAAAAUCGCAAAUGUGGGAAAAUCGCAUAUAUGGGAAAAACGCAUAUAUGGGAAAAACCCUAAUAAGGACAAAACGCAUAUAUGGGAAAAACGCAUAUAUGGGAAAAACGCAUAUAUGGGAAAAACGCAUAUAUGGGAAAAACGCAUAUAUGGGAAAAACGCAUAUGUGGGAAAAACGCAUAUGUGGGAAAAACGCAAAUGUGGGAAAAACGCAAAUGUGGGAAAAACGCAAAUGUGGGAAAAACGCAAAUGUGGGAAAAACGCAAAUGUGGGAAAAACGCAAAUGUGGGAAAAACGCAAAUGUGGGAAAAACGCAAAUGUGGGAAAAACGCAAAUGUGGGAAAAACGCAAAUGGGGGAAAAACGCAAAUGGGGGAAAAACGCAAAUGGGGGAAAAACGCAAAUGGGGGAAAAACGCAAAUGGGGGAAAAACGCAAAUGGGGGAAAAACGCAAAUGGGGGAAAAACGCAAAUGGGGGAAAAACGCAAAUGGGGGAAAAACGCAAAUGGGGGAAAAACGCAAAUGGGGGAAAAACGCAAAUGGGGGAAAAACGCAAAUGGGGGAAAAACGCAAAUGUGGGAAAAACGCAAAUGUGGGAAAAACGCAAAUGUGGGAAAAACGAAAAUGUGGGAAAAAGGCAAUAUGGGAAAUACGCAAUGUGGGAAAAAGGCAAUAUGGGAAAUAUGCAAAUAUGGGAAAUACGCAAAUAUGGGAAAUACGCAAAUAUGGGAAAAACGCAAAAAUGGGAAAAACGCAAAAAUGGGAAAAACGCAAAAAUGGGAAAAACGCAAAAAUGGGAAAAACGCAAAAAUGGGAAAAACGCAAAAAUGGGAUAA